AUCAGCCCAGGGAAAGGGUGCGGGCUCUGUUGUGCUCCCCAAAACCUGCGCUCCGCCUCGUCUGCUUUACAAGUGUGACAACACUCUCGACGAAUUGCGGAUUGUUUAAUCUUCACGGAAUAGCCAGCGCGCGACUAUUUACAUUCGUCGGUGUUCACAGCUGAGCAAAAGUUACCGAGCGGAGAGCGUCUGGUUUACAAUUCGAGGAAAGUACGCCAGCGGCCAGUGGAAAAUGUCGGUCGAACCGAUCGUCGUCACGCUGGAAACGGCCCCCGGGGCCCCCACCGCGUUCCCGGUUGUUCUGAAGAAAAUCAUGGAAAUGCCUCCGCCGAAUAUACUGGCCGGCGACGAGGACACGGACAAGGAGAAGCUGGGUUUGGAUGACAUCGCCGACGUGGGCGGAGGAGGCAGCGGGAUGGGGCCGACGGCGGCCCUCACGCCUGCCAUCUGGGAGAAGACCAUUCCCUACGAUGGAGAGAACUUCCACCUGGAGUACAUGGACCUGGAAGAGUUCCUCAUGGAGAACGGCAUCGCCGCCUCCCCCGAAGAACACGAUGAGGUCAAGACGGAGGGUGUGACGGGAAAGACGGCCGAUGCGCCCCUGCUGCCCGUGGAUGAGCUGGACAAGUGCGAUGAAGAGGUGGUGAUCAUCACAAACGGUGAGACUGACAUCACGUGUGAUGUCACAGCAGAGGUGACAACAGAUCCAGAGAGAGCGAGCCCGGACGGCAUCGAUCCAGAUGAAAUCGAGGUUGACGUCAACUAUGAGCCCGACCCCACCGACCUGGUCCUGUCGAGUGUACCGGGGGGCGAACUCUUUGACCCUCGCAAACAUAAGUUCAGCGACGAAGAGCUCAAGCCUCAGCCCAUGAUUAAGAAAGCCAAGAAAGUGUUUGUUCCUGAAGAACAGAAGGACGAAAAGUACUGGCAGAGGCGAAAGAAGAACAAUGUGGCCGCCAAACGCUCACGUGACGCCCGCAGGCUGAAGGAGAACCAGAUCACCGUGAGGGCGGCGUUCCUGGAGCGCGAGAACUCGGCGCUGAGGACGGAGGUGUCCGACCUUCGCAAGGAGUGCGGCCGCUACAAGAACAUCGUGGGAAACUACGAGGCCAAAUUCGGGAAAUUAGCGGUGCCAGAAGACCUAUAGACUACAUUUGAUUUAUUAUUCAAAUCUAUGAAUAAAUGAAUCAAAACGGCAAGGUUUGGGGGUGGAAAUAAAAAAGAGCGAAUCUGAUGAGGAAGAAGAGGAGCAGAGCGUAUGCAUUAUGCAAUAGAACCUGAUAGCAACUCUGGAGCAUUGAGGGGACGACUUAAGCGCUUGUUAUGUUCUGCACUUUUCUCAUGUUGGCUAUAAGAGAUCAUCUUUUAUCGGUGACAUUUUAUCAUUUUUACUAUUAAUAGGUCUUUUUUAAGAUUAGUGACAAAAGGUGACCCUUAUGUAGCGAUUGCAAUAGUUACAACUCAAUUUAUCAAUCAUUUUAUAGUAUGGUGGUGGAUUAUUUCCAGGUUGCUUCCAAUUGGUUCCAUGUCUAACGCAAAAUUUUAUUUGAUAUUUUUUAAAUGACAAUUUAUUCAGGGAAUUGCAUUGUUCUGGCUAUGUGUGUGAUUGUGUGUGCUUUGGGGGGCACCUCACACUGUCUUUGCUGCUUUAGUGUGUGUGUACCAAUCUUGUAUUGUCUCUGAACUCAUCAGUGCACGUCACGUUACUUGAUGUUGCUUAUCACGGUACUUGUACACCAUCCAACUCCGACGUUUCUCUCCCAGCAAAUUGAGAAAACUGGGAGGAAGUCCAUUUUCGUGAAUGUUUUUUUUUUCCGUGUGGAUGUAAAAUAUUGACACGGCUUAAUUACCAAGCUUGGAGAUCAUUUUAUGUUCAGCUUUGUAACAAAAGUUCAUGACGAGCCAUUCAAGAGUAUGAUAAUUUUAAUGCCUAAACGAGUGCCUUUUACUGAAGGUUGUGAUCGUUGUCGAGUAAAACUAAACUGUUCCAAAAGGAUGCUUGCAGAGAGAAAAUACCAAUUUAGGGGGUUUUGACAUUUUAACUUAUCUAAUCCAUUUCAAAACCACACAGGUUAGAGCUAUAAAAUGUCGAAAUAUAUUGUUUUUGUCCAUACUACUGUGCUUCCUUAAAUUUGUACUCUGCAUCUGCAGAACGAGUGCAAGGCGGUUCUGUUGUGUCUGCUGCGGUUUUGUUUCAUGUUCAAAUUCUCUCCCGCUCACAUUUUGGCACGUUUGGUCAUCAACGAGUGCUAAAUGUUAGUAAAAGUUGUGUGCUGUGAUAGUUUGUGCACUUAUGAGAUACCUCGCUAUAUCAAAAACAACUUCCGGCCUUAUUCGUUUUCAAGUGCAGUUGUCACGCAUCACCUUAAAGCAUCCCAAUAUCAUGUUGACAUGGACAAUGGGCUUUGUGACCUGUUAGUAGUUCUCAUGCAUUCUGCUGCAAUCCCAGAUUGCACAUCUGCCUUCUUUCAGAAAUAGGUCAACUUUCGAGGUUAUUACGGUAUUAUUAUUAUUAUUUUUUAACAAUAGUUACAUUGUUGUAAAGAACUGCCUUGACUUUUUGAGUAUGAUAACCAUGUAUAUGUACAUUGUGUAUAAAUAAAGCCUUGUUGACAAAG